UAUAUAAAAGGAGAAAACUUUUUUAAAUCUAAAACAAAGACAUUUCGUUACCACUUCCUUGGAUUACUACUCUUACUAAACAAUGAAGCGAAUGCUGUCCCUAUGCACUUUGUCUCUGCUCUUAGCACUAAGUCAUGGAUAUUAUUCUGAUGAAGUAGAAGAUGAAGCAGCUGGUUAUGGAAUAGGAAGUGCUCAUGGUGGCGGUUACGGUGGAGGAUACGGUGGAGGAAGUGGAUUAGGAGGCGGAAAAGGACUUGGCUCCGGAGGAGGAUUUGGUGCUGGUAAAGGUUUAGGAUCAGGCUUUGGAGGAGGAAAAGGCCUAGGUUCAGGAAUAGGAAGUGGAAAAGGCUUAGGUUCUGGAAUUGGAGGAGGCAAAGGACUUGGUUCAGGAAUUGGAAGUGGGCACGGGUUGGGAAGUGGAUUAGGACAUGGUGCCGGCAAAGGCCUGGGACAUGGCUUUGGUAGUGGAAUUGGGCAUGGACAUGGUCAUGGACUCGGCCAUGGUCAUGGUCAUGGUCAUGGAUUUGGGAGUGGAUUAGGAAAAGGACUCGGAAGUGGUAUCGGAUCUGGAAUUGGUAAAGGAGUAGGUAGUGGAGUGGGCAAAGGUCUAGGUAGCGGAAUAGGAAGCGGGGUGGGUAAAGGUUUAGGUAGUGGAAUUGGAAGUGGUGUGGGAACAGGUCUAGGAAGUGGAAUUGGAAGUGGUGUUGGUAAAGGUUUAGGUAGUGGAGUGGGUAAAGGACUAGGAAGUGGUAUUGGAAGUGGGGUUGGUAAAGGUCUAGGUAGUGGAAUUGGAAGUGGUGUUGGUAAAGGUUUAGGAAGUGGAAUUGGAAGUGGGGUUGGUAAAGGUCUAGGUAGUGGAAUUGGAAGUGGUGUGGGUAGUGGAGUAGGAAGUGGAGUAGGCAAAGGUAUAGGAAGUGGAAUUGGAAGCGGGGUAGGUAAAGGAAUAGGAAGUGGUGUUGGCAAGGGCAUCGGAAGUGGUGUAGGGAAAGGUUUAGGUAGUGGUGUGGGAAAAGGUUUCGGCAGUGGUGUCGGAAAGGGCAUUGGAAGUGGAAUUGGAAAAGGACUAGGAAGUGGAGUUGGAAAAGGAAUUGGUAGUGGAAUUGGCAAAGGACUAGGAAGUGGCGUAGGAAAAGGAUCUGGCCACGGAUAUGGAAACGGUUUUGGUGCUGGAAAAGGAUUUGCUGAAGGAUAUGGUGCACACUUUGAAGGAUACAAUGAAGGAACAGGGCUUUCUACUGAGUAUGAUGGCCAUGAGCUAGAAGGUGGUUAUGGUGCUCACGAAAUUGACUCUUUUGAACAUAAUCCAGAUGAGUCUUCUUAUGGACGAGAAGGAAGCUUUGGAUAUGACAGUGACCAAGAAGAAAAAGUUCUCACUGUACCAAUUGUGAAAAACUUUCCCCUUCUAGGUGAUAUUCCUCUUACACAAUUUGUCAAGAUACCAGUUCCAGAAGAAAGUUAUGGUGGUUUUGGAAGUAACGAUGGCUACGCAGAUGAAUAUAAUAAGAGCGAAGAAGACAGCUACGAACAUUGAUGAUGAAAGUUUCAUUUUUUCGAAAGGGUCACAGCGUCAUAUUAACUUUGAUACAAAUUAAAUUAUUUAUUUAUUUUUGUACAUACAAAUCUUUCAUACCAAUACAUGAAUAAACAUGUUAAU